UAAAAUCGACAGUUGGUUAGUGGAAUAGCGGCCAUCAACUAGUUCACUGUUUACCGUUGACAAUUGAAGGGGUUCGAGAGGCAAGCACUCAUCUUCAAACACGGCCAGGCGACAAAGAAGAUGGGAUGCAAGCCUUCAAAAGAAACACUUAAAAGCGCACCAUACGAUGGUAGGCAAUCACGAAGGCUGAAAUCGUCGAACCAGAUCGACGUCAUUAACGAUGACGAAGACGGAACGAAGAUUGUCAGCCUAAGAGAAGACAACGGAGUGAUUGAAGAUGCAGCGCCGUUCACGCAUCAAGAAGUAGAAGACGAAGAGCAGGCUGCAAUUAAAAUACAAGCGGCGUUCAAAGGAUAUAAAGUCCGGAAAACAAUGGCAGCUGAGCCUACUAAAGCCGAACUCGAAGCCGAAUUCAGUGCGGAUGAUAAAGAGUUGUGCAAUGCAGCCACAAAGAUUCAAGCCAGCUUCAGGGGACACCAAGCGAGAGCGCAGAAAGGUGCCUCAAACGCUAAGGUAGAAGAACUGAGACAAGACAUGCAAAAAAUGGCACCAACAUCAGAUGCAGAAGAGCUUGAUAUCGACUUGUCCGAUCCAGACCUACAUAAAGCCGCUACCAAGAUCCAAGCUUCUUUCCGCGGCCACAAAGUUCGAAAGGAUGACAAGUGAAAUGUCAAAACAAUAGCAUCCUUUACAGUCCAGCAUUUCAACAACAAAAAAAUCAUCUCACCUUAUUAUCAGCCGAUUGUGUUCUAUUUAUAGUUUUUCAAAAGUACAGUAA